CGUAUGUUGUGCGUCGUACGAGUUAUGGCCUUGGAGUUUUGAUUAUUGUCUUUUUUUUUCCUUCUUUCUUUCUUUUCUCGACCUUAACACCCAGUAGAGUAUAUGUAAGGCGAAAUACGAUCCACCAAAUUAUUUUAUGUAAUUUUAUAAUCUUGUGCUCUAUUAGUAUCACUCGGUAUAAUGUUAGGCAGAGGAUUUACCCAACUGACAUUGUUUUGUAAACCAAGUACGAAGUUUUGUAAAACUUUUAACACAAAAAUCUGCUGUAGGCACAUCUCUAGAAGUUUAGUAAGCUCUAAAAGAGUAGAACACUUGACUUUGACUGCCAAACAAUUCCGACAAAUGAAAAUAUUCAAAGCAUCAGUUCAGAAAAUUGAAAAUGCAUCACCAUCUGUAAGAAAGAUUUUUCUCAGGAUAGAAGAACCGGGGUUUGAAUACAAAGCAGGACAAUGGGUGGAUUUCUUCAUACCUGGGGUAGAGCAGGUGGCAGGAUACAGCAUGACUUCAGCUCCCUGUAUGGUCCAAGAAGCUGGUUUAAUGGAGUUAGCCAUACGAUAUAGUGACUUCCCUCCAACCCGCUGGAUACACAGGGAAUGUGAGCCCGGAAAAGAAAUAUCGGUGAGAGUCGGUGGCGAUUUCUUUUACGAUCCACAGCCGAACGAUCUUGAUGCAAACUCUGACAUUUUACUUGUUGGGGGAGGUGUAGGGAUUAAUCCAGUAGCCUCGAUUGCUCAGCAUUAUUGUUAUCUUAAGGGUAAAAAUUCAACAAGUCCAGAUAUUCAACCAGGAAAUCUGAAAGUAUUUUACAGUGCCCGUACUGAAAAGGAGCUCAUAUACAGG